AUGGGUGAUGUAUAUAGCAUCAGUGUCAGUGAUCCAAAGAUGAUUCGAGAGAUCUGGUACAAGAACUUUGAGAGCUUUACCGAUCGCCCGAUCAUCCCCUCUUUCAUUUACUUUAGUGGCAACUUCCUCAACUUGGUAUCAUCAAAGUAUGAGCUCUGGAAGCACAACCGACACAUUGUUGCAUCAGCCUUCACCAAGACCAAACUCAAAACAAUCCACAAUGUUCUCGAUAGUCAAUGUCUCAAUCUCAUCACCAGGAUGUCUGAGUUUGCCAAGUCUGGUCAAAGUUUCACACCAUCCCAUCAUCUGAUGAAGUACACAUUGAAUAUUAUUAUGAUGGUACUGUGUAGUGAGGAGAUGUCUUAUGAAGAUGAGGCCUCUGGAAGACUAGCAGAGUUGAUGGAGCCAAUCAAACAAGUAUUCGAAAUGAUUGGAACUGGAAAUCCAGCAGACUUUAUCUCAGUUCUCCAACCAUUCUAUCUCUUAUACCUCAAGUAUGGACCUUCCAGGAUACUCCAACGUCUCCACUUUUACAUCUCAGAGGUCUACCAUGAGCAUCUGAAGGAUAUUGAUCCAGAGAACCCAAGAGACUUGUUCGAUCAGAUUAUAAUGCAUGAGUAUUCUGGCAAGAGUGAGGAGUCUAUUAUAAGGAUUGCAAUGGACUUUAUUAUGGCAGGAACGGAUACAAGUGGAAACACACUCAAUUGGUUAAUAUUAUAUAUGGUUAACAAUCAGGAGAUUCAAGAGAGAGCUUAUUAUGAGUUGUUGACCAAUGUUGGAAAGGCUAGAGCAGCCACUGUGAGUGACAGGGUCAACACUCCCUACGUGAUGGCCAUUAUCAAAGAGGUGCUACGUAUCAAGCCCACCGGUCCACUUGGUCUUCCAAGGAUAUGCACUCAAGAUGUUGAAGUCGAAGGUUACUUCAUUCCAAAAGAUACAUUGAUGACAAUGAAUAUCUAUGCCGUACAUCAUGACGAGGAGUACUGGGACAAGCCAUCAGAGUUUAUACCAGAGAGGUUCUUGGACAACAAUCAUACAAAGUAUUGGAUACCAUUCAGUGUUGGACCAAGGGACUGUGUGGGAUCAAACUUGGCACUUGAGGAGAUCUAUAUUGCUGCCGCCAACAUAUUACUCAACUUUAAAUUAACAUCAAGUACUGGAAAGACUUUGGAUGAUACAGAGAUCUAUGGUUUAUCAAUCCAUCCCAAUCAGUUUAGUGUUCUAUUAACUACAAGAUAG